GGGGACCCAAGACCCUGCAUACAUUUAUAUAGCUUCGUCGAGACCCCGUAUACUCAUCUUCACCUAACGCUCACGUCAGAUUCAAGCCUUCAUCAUGCGAUUUCACGCUACAUCCACAUCAUUGGUGCUUGCCGCUGUAGGAACCGCGUCCGCCGUACCUUCACCUUCUGCAACUGCGGCCACCGAUGCCUGCUACGUGACGAAGUAUGCCGCUAUCCCGGCUGCGGUCGCCGCCUGCACUUGCAUAACCCUCGACGGCAUCACCGUUCCUGGAAACUCGAGUAUCGAUCUUUCGAAGCUGAAGACCGGUACCAAGGUCACAUUCAAAGGAAAGACCUUCUGGGAGUACGCCGAUGCAAACUAUGCUUUCAUCCAGGUGGCGGGUACCAAUGUCGAAAUCACUGCCGAAGAAGACGCAGUGCUCGAUGGCAAUGGUCAGGCUUGGUGGGACGGCCUUGGUAGCAACGGAGGCGUUACCAAGCCAAACCACUUUAUUGAGCUGAAGAAGAUGCUUGGAAACAGUUCCGUCCACGACAUCUACAUCAAGAACUACCCGGUGCACUGCUUCAGUAUCAGUAACAGCGCUGGUCUAGAUGUGCACCACAUUACGCUGGACAACAGCGCUGGAUACGCGCCCAACAACCGCUCCAACGGCCUCCCUGCAGCACACAACAGCGACGGAUUUGGCCUGAGUAGCACCAAUAAUACCAAAGUUCGCGACAGUGUUGUUAUCAACCAGGAUGAUUGUGUAGCUGUCACCAGUGGAGACAAUAUCCACGUCAGCAACAUGUACUGCAAUGGCAGCCACGGUCUCUCCAUCGGAUCUGUGGGUGGAAAGUCAAACAACAACGUAACGAAUAUUUCAUUCACAAACUCCGUCGUUCUGAACGCCGAGAACGGCGCUCGCAUCAAGUCAAAUUCCAACACCACCGGUUUCAUCUCCAAUAUCCAUUACGAGAACAUUCGCGUUGAAAACAUCUCCAUUUAUGGAAUUGACAUUCAGCAAGACUACUUGAACGGUGGGCCAACCGGCAACCCCACGAACGGUGUCAUCAUCCAAAACAUCACCAUGAAGAAUAUCUUUGGCACGGCAACAGAGGAGGGAAAGAACUACUAUAUUCUUUGUGGAGAAGGAAGCUGUAGCGACAUCAAGAUCGACAACGUUCACAUCACCGGAGGCGGAAAAGAGAGUUCAUGCAAUUUCAAGACGGAGGGCAACUUUGACUGCGACGGACACUUUGUAUGAACUGGCUAUCUCUGUAAAUCCAUGUUUGUUCGCAGAGUGCGGAAACCAUGCCGCUUGUCAACGGAACUGAAUAGUCGUUCCAACUACCUCGCGCUUUGAUGGUUUCACAGACAAUCCCUAGCAAUAUCGUUUGGAAUUUUUUGAGGACCAGAGUUCAAGCGAUAAUAGUAGUAUGUGGGCCGAAUGGAUGGAGCCCCAGAGCGAUGUAACACCAAUGUUGUCAGAAUCCCACUACGCCGUACGUCCGGAUCAUGGUGCUUCUUGACUUCGCUGCGCAAGUUCCAUGUGAACUGCGCACGCACCACGUGACGUAAAAUUCAACGUUGAGCGGGCGUCGCGCCAACCACCUCGCGCCGCAUCCAAGGAUC